CGGCCAUGUUCUUGGCGGAGCCCGCUGAUUCUUCCUUAUUGAGACCUUGCUGCGACUUUUCGCUGACUCUCAUGGGCCAUUUUCGCGGGUCUCGGCGGGUCCUCGCUGCCCGACACCGCUUAUAGUGGUCAACUCGGCGGAUUAUCGCCGCUAGGGAACAGUAUCAGCCUCGCAGCGAGUUUUCGCUGUCUGUUGCCCUUUCACCUUGUUCGGCGGUUUCCCGCUGCCCUGUCACCUCGAUACACCGUCUGCGAUUUGUCGCUGCCCUCCUCCCGUUUCACCUUGUUCGGCGGACUCCCGCUGCCCUGUCACCUCGAUACACCAUCCGCGACUUCUCGCUGCCCUCCUCCCCUUUUGACGCGUCAGCGGAUUCCCGCCGACUAUGCCCAUUUUCGCGCCGUCUGCGAUUUGUCGCUGCCCCCUCCCCUUCACAGCGGAUUCUCGCCGCCCUAUUUCCUGUCAUAGCCUCACCGCGACUUCUCGCUGCCCUCCUCCCCUUUUGACGCGUCAGCGGAUUCCCGCCGACUAUGCCCAUUUGCGCGCUGUCACCGAAUCUUCGCUGCCCCCCGCGGCUCCCAGCGCGCUCACCGACCCUUCGCUGCCCCACCCUCAAUAACGUCGCAGUCAGCGAAACCUCGCUGCUGGCAGCGUUUUUAUCGCCGAACUUUCGCUGCCAUCCCCUGAUUUCGACGCCGUCAGCGAAACCUCGCUGCUGGCAGCGUUUUUAUCGCCGAACUUACGCUGCCCUCCCUGAUUUCGACGCCUUUUCGCUGCCCAUGGUCGUUCUGUCGCCGAACUUUCGCUGCCAUCCCCUGAUUUCGACGCCGUCAGCGAAUCUGCGCUGCCCCCAACUGCUUUCGUACGUUCUCGCCGGUAUUUCGCUGCCUCCCUCUGAUUUUGCCGCAGUCGCCGGACUUUCGCUGCCAUCCUCUGGUUUCGACGCACCCAGCGAAUCUUCGCUACCCUCCCCCACACUGGACACUGUCACCGAAUCCUCGCAGCGAUGA